CCGUGAGUUUGAAGGCAAAUGAGGAGCAAAUCUGGAGCCCUGUUUUUUGAGGCCAGGGCUUAUAUGUUCGUCACAUAUUUCUUCUGGAGGGAUGAAAAGAGUGCCCAGUCUGCCUUUAUCCUCAGGGGCCCUCUGUGGGGCCAGCCAGUUUCCCAGAAGCCCAGCUGCCGGCUGCUCUGGUGCAACGUCCCUCAGGCAUUUUGUGUGCCUGUCUGACAUCCCAUCUUCGGGGAAAAAAGAUGCACAGAAUGCUUUCAAAGUACGGCUUAGUAUCAAAACAGCUUUGGGAGAUAAUGCAUAUGCCUGGGAUGCUAACGAGGAGUACCUCUUCAAAGCAAUGGUGGCUUUUGCAAUGAGAAGAUAUUCCAGCAAAAGCACAACUCAAAUUUCCAACGUGCUGCUCUGCAAUGUGACAGAUCGGGUGUCAUUUUGGUUUGUGGUCACAGAUUCUUCCAAAAAUGUGACAACUGUUCCUGGAAGUGAGGUAGAGGCAGCCAUCAGGAUGAACCGGGACAGAAUCAACAGUGCCUUCCUACUGAGUGACAAAACACUGCAGUUCCUGAAGAUAACCUCAACUUUAUCACCUCCUGUUGAACCCUCCACGCCUGUCUGGCUUAUCGUAUUUGGUGUUGUUCUUUGUCUCAUUGUGGCUGGAAUUGCUUUCCUCGUUGUUGCAGGGAUUCAGCAACGCAAGAAAAAGAAUAAAGAGUCAACAGAGAGAGAAAAUUUAGAAGAGAAAGACGAAGUAACAGUAACAGUAGAAAAUGGGAUUCCUUGCGAAGUGCUGGAUUUAAAAGCAGGCCACAUUAACGGCGUCUUUGCAGCAGAUGAUGAACGGUUCACGUCCUUAUGAAAUGCUGCCAUUUCUAUCUGGUGGUUUUUUGAAAGACUCCUGUGCCUACCUUAUCUCAUCACUACUCCUGAAUGUCAAACAUGAAGACAAGAAAAAUGUCCUUUCACUUAAUUUCCCUCGAGGGAACGUUUUGCUGAUAACAGAUACACUCGAACCUCCAUUACAAAGCUUUUGUUCAUGAGCAAAGCAAAUGAGAAGACCUCAAAUGAUACCCAUUAAAGAUUGCCAGAAGAUGUGUCGCAGAACAGGGUUGAGACCUGCCUUGUGUCAGGCAUUUAAUUUUUAAUGAUUAUUUAAAUAUGUCCGUUGCUUGUUUUUCCUUGAUAUAAAUGUGAAACUGCAUUAUUCCAGAAUGUCGCUAGGGAGAUCAUCUAUCAUUGUCAAUUCUUGCUGGGCUUUCUUUCAAGCCAUAUGCAAAAGUUUCUCUGUAAAAUGACUUCUAUUUGCUGAUAUGCCUUUGGAUGGAAUAGCGGUCAGUGCAUGAAAGUUUUCAUUUAUCGAGAUAAAAAAAAGCAAGCUUUCACAGCCUCUGUAAGAGCGGUUUAAAAAGCGGAUGGGUCAUCUACAGCUUUAGAUCUGAUACUAAAAGUGUUUUUCAAUUAGCAGUCGAAGUCACAGAUUACAUGACCUGGAAAUUGAAAGUUGCAGAAGUUUUAAAUUUGUUGAAAUUAAAAGUUGCAACAAAGGGCAGAUUUUCCGAAGGUGCAACCUGUGGUUAGUGGCCCAGCUCUCAUUAAAUCUAUGAGGGCAUUUUGCAGCUCUUUGAAAAAACCUUCCUUACAUUUUUUAGUAAUAAAACUAGACUAUAUUUCCAAGACAUAGCCAACCCGGGGUCAGAUGAAUGUUCAUGUGACAGCUGGGUAGCUUUUGAAAAGAUUCAAUGCUUGAAACACCAGCUGCUGGGCUUGGUGCACCUGGCCCGAAUGAGGACAUGUAGGCGGUGGCAAGUCACCAGAGACGAUUCAGACCUGUGUUUCCUGUUUGUGUGGCUGUGGGUUGAGGGCAUCAAAUGGUGCCAGACCCUAAACUGCACUGCUGGAUUACUUUGAAGUCAGACAUACAUACAGACUGUGCUGUCUGUGCCUUAAUCUUGUUCUCAUUUAGAUCAGUGAUAGAAUUCUGACUGAUUUCAGAAGAACUGGGCCCCAGCGAAGGGGAGUUGUAUGUGUGGGUAACUCUACACAGAGAGUGGAAGUGUGUUGGAGCAAAAUAUGGCAUCUGCAGUCACCAAGCAGCUGCCCACAUCACUGGAGGCAGGAUUUGACCAUUAGCCAUCGUGUUUCCAGUGUAGUGUUCGGAGGCAAUAUUAGAGAACCCAUUUACUUAUUAGAGUUAUUCCAUCAGACUCACCAACAGGAACAGGGUAAAAGCUGCUUGUAAAGGACUAUCCAGGUUCCUGAAGGGUACAAAGAUUUCUUGUCUCCCAGGGAACAAAUCCUUCAGCAUUUUGGCUGUAUGGAGCACCUUUGGCUGUCCAUUUGACUGAGCGCUGGCUCUUGAGUACAAGGAAUGGGGAGGAGAAGAGGAAGCAGUGGGUUGAAGGGAGGAAGCUGAGCGGGAGAAGCCGAAGGCCAAAGGAGGUGGGGAGAGGAGGGCUAAAUUCAAAAUAAAACUGUGGAACCCA